CGGUUGCUGAAAUCGUCGAGAGUUCACGUGAAACAUUUUUUCUCAUUUUUCACAACAAGUUACGCGAUUACAUUGCUCUUCUAGGAAGCAAUUCACACUGGACAUUGAACGCGGUAUGAAUCAGCCAUUACUUACAAGUGUCCCUAUCACAGCUGUUACUAGUCAGCAAUGCUAUUUGACAGCUUGGGCUUUAAUCCGUGAACAGACGGUCUCUGCGCUGAUUAUGUUAUAACUUGAGUAAACAUCCGUGGUUGCUGUGCCGUAUUUUCUGUCAGAAUCGUGGGAUGAAAUUUGGCCGAUAGUUUUGCGUAGAUUAUGCAUUAAUGCAUCAGCCAACAUUGACGGGCGCGUGUUACCUCGAUUAUCACCGAACACGGUUAAUAAUGCAGCUGACUCGAAAUCAGAUGACAUGAGACUUGUGCGCACAGUGAUGAGGAAGCGCGAUAUUAAUCGCUGCCAGGGAUACUUGCCGUUAUCGAAGAGCAAAGAUGUUCGUCAGAGAUCCCUGUGGCAUCAUAUGCAUUAUCGUAACUUACAUAGCGGUGUUUUACGCUGACUACGUUGUGGUGCGAUGGAUCGUGUUGCACACUAUGCAAGACAGUGUAUGGGGCCUCUUCCACAUAGUAGCAUUCAAUACUGUUGUGCUUUUCCUAAUGAUGGCACACUUGAAAGCUGUCUGUAGCGAUCCUGGUAUAGUACCUCUACCACAAAGCAGAAUGGACUUUUCUGACAUACAUGUCUCUGGAGGAAGCGAUCAUGAUGGUGAUGAGAAAGAUGACUGGACAGUGUGUACUAGAUGUGAAACAUACAGACCACCUAGAGCUCAUCAUUGCCGUAUUUGUAAACGUUGCAUCAGAAGGAUGGACCAUCAUUGCCCAUGGAUUAAUAAUUGUGUCGGCGAGAGGAAUCAAAAAUACUUCAUACAGUUUCUGGUAUAUGUUGGUGCAUUAGCUAUAUAUGCUAUUAUCUUAGUUAUUUUAUCAUGGAUCAACGACUGCCCACAAUGCAAUAAUGACAUUGCCAUCAAGCAAAAUCGCAUCUUACAUUGUGUGAUAUUAGUCUUGGAAUCGGCACUAUUCGGUAUGUUCGUCAUAGCGAUAUUGGUUGAUCAGUUUCAAGCGAUCCUAGGUGACGAAACUGCUGUGGAGCGUGUACAAGGAACCCAGCGCUACCAUAAUAAGCACGCAUCACGAACGUUUGCGCUUUUAUCUCAAGUGUGUGGGAAAAGUCAUCCGAUAUUUUGGUUAUUUCCUUGCCACAAUCCGCCGCGUUAUUCUUUCAGAAAAGAUGCGUAUUUAAUCGACCAUAUAGUAUAAAAUUAGAUGAAAUGUAUUACAUCUGCACGGUAUUUUAAUUUUGUAUUAUUAUAAUUUUUAUAAUGAUUUAAUAGUGAUUCAUUCCUUGAAUUUGUGUAUAUUAACACACAUUUGUACGAAUUACUGAUAUAUAAUAUAGAUUCAAGACUUGUAGCUAUAACGUUUCUACUGCGUGAAAAUGGAGUAUUUAUAUCCUGUCUAUAUUAAGAG